UGUAGGGAUGGAGUAGAUUAGAUGCUGCCGCAGCUGUUUUGUUGCAGAUACUUUGGGUGCGUUCGCCGUGCUCUCAGCUCUCGUUCGUAUAAAAUCCUUUAUUUUUAAAGUUUCGUCAAAUUUUUAAACUAAAAAUGAGAGAAAUCGUUCACGUUCAGGCUGGACAAUGCGGAAACCAGAUUGGUGCUAAGUUUUGGGAAGUAAUAUCGGAUGAGCAUGGAAUCGAUCCUACUGGCUCAUACCACGGAGAUUCAGACCUCCAAUUGGAGAGAAUCAACGUCUACUACAAUGAAGCCUCAGGAGGCAAAUAUGUUCCCAGAGCCAUUCUUCUCGAUUUGGAACCUGGAACAAUGGACUCUGUACGAUCGGGUCCUUUCGGACAACUGUUCAGGCCGGACAACUUUAUCUUUGGACAGAGUGGAGCGGGAAAUAACUGGGCUAAAGGUCACUACACGGAAGGUGCAGAGUUAGUGGACACUGUCUUAGAUGUUGUCAGAAAAGAAGCCGAGAGCUGUGAUUGUCUACAAGGGUUCCAACUGGCACACUCCCUGGGAGGAGGUACCGGCUCCGGAAUGGGAACACUCCUCAUUUCCAAAAUUAGAGAAGAAUACCCUGACAGAAUAAUGAAUACCUUCAGUGUCAUGCCAUCUCCAAAAGUAUCCGACACAGUAGUAGAACCUUACAACGCCACUCUGUCUGUGCACCAACUGGUUGAGAAUACGGACGAGACUUACUGCAUCGACAACGAGGCUCUUUACGACAUUUGCUUCAGGACACUCAAGCUCACGACCCCCACCUACGGGGAUCUCAACCACCUUGUCUCUGUCACCAUGUCCGGCGUCACUACAUGUCUCAGGUUUCCUGGUCAAUUGAACGCUGAUCUCCGGAAACUUGCCGUCAACAUGGUUCCCUUUCCUCGACUUCACUUUUUCAUGCCCGGGUUCGCUCCCCUCACCUCUCGUGGCAGCCAGCAGUACCGAGCCCUGACGGUACCCGAAUUGACCCAGCAGAUGUUCGACGCCAAGAACAUGAUGGCAGCCUGCGACCCACGACAUGGGCGCUACCUGACUGUCGCGACCAUCUUCCGAGGCCGAAUGAGCAUGAAGGAAGUGGACGAACAGAUGCUCAACGUUCAGAACAAAAACAGCAGCUAUUUCGUCGAAUGGAUUCCGAACAAUGUAAAAACUGCUGUCUGUGACAUUCCACCCAGGGGUCUCAAGAUGUCCGCCACUUUCAUCGGAAACAGCACUGCAAUCCAAGAACUCUUCAAGAGGAUAUCCGAACAAUUCACAGCCAUGUUCAGACGAAAAGCUUUCUUGCAUUGGUACACAGGCGAAGGAAUGGACGAAAUGGAAUUCACGGAAGCCGAGUCUAACAUGAAUGAUCUUGUGUCUGAAUAUCAACAAUAUCAAGAAGCCACAGCUGAUGACGAAGGAGACUUCGAAGACGAGGAACAAGCUGUCGGAGAAAACGAAUAAACUGAAUUUAAAAUAAAAAGAAAAGAAAACAAUUUAUAGGAUCGAGAAAAAGCUAAACCAUUUUUUAAUAAAUAUCGUUUUCCCCCAAUUAGAAAGGCUUCUCAGCCCUCGCUUGUAUGAUCUGAACUUUUUCAACACAAAAAGAAUUAAACAUUCCAGUCAGUCUCCGCCUUUGAAUUCCUUAAAGUUAGAUAGCAUUUUUUUUAUUUAUUUAAUGACAUUUCUAUUUUCAGCGGCAUUCCACCAACGGAUAGGCUUGCAGUUUAUCAUUUUAUGGAAUGCAAUUUUAAUUUCGAACGUUUAUUCAAGCAAUUUUUCGUGCAAACGAAAGCCAGUGUUGAACAAACUAUUCCUAUAUAAAGAAUUAUACUCUUUGCAUCAGCGUUGAAUUUAAGCGAAUGUUUGUAAUUUCUGUCCUUUUUCAAUAAACGAUGUUGAAAACUC